AUGAACUCAAGAGCACUGUCACUGGCCAGCCAACGGGCUCGGCUUUCAUUCCGGGCCACGGCGUUCAAGGCCCCCAUCCAGAGACGAUUCGCCUCGUCAGAGCCGCAGCAGCCUUCACCCCUUUCCCAGUUCUACAAGGACUUCACCAGACCCGUCGCGAAGGUUCUACUCACGGCCAUGUUCACCUACCAGCUGGCCUACUGGGGCUGGGUCAAGCUGGAGCAGGAUGAGAUCAAAGCCGAGCGUGAAGGGGAGAUUGCCCAGCUUGAAGCCCAGGUUGCGAAGUUGACACAUAAGUCUUCUGCCUGA